AUGGUUCACCAGCGUCCAGAGCUCGCUCUACACCUCGCCGCCAAGGCAAACGACACCGUCAAGCUACAAGAGCUCAUCAGUAGCGGCUGGGACGUGGACUUCGGCUGCCGUGGGACUGCAUUACACGAUGCUAUUACCAGCGGCCACCCUGAUGUAGUCCGGCUGCUGCUCGACGCCGGGGCAGACUCUGAGAAGCCUGCCAUGGGUGAUUUUUCCUUUGAAUGCGAUAACUCGUUGGUGCUGGCUGCAAUAUGGGGGAGGCGCGCCAUCGUCAAGAUGCUCUGGGAUCACGGCGUGGCUCACGGCCUGUCAAGCGUACGCAAGCCACGGGUUGAUCACCUUUCAAGAGUGCGCAAGCUGUCGAAGCUCCAUCAGUCUGCGAUUAGCGAGGCCGCGUCACGGGGCUUUGACGAGAUUGUGAGCGAUCUUUGUGCCUGGCGGGCGAUGGACGCGGAUGAGGUAGAUGCGGCGCUGUUUGUGGGCGCUGCCCAGUGGGUGGAGGGUGCCAUCCAAACAUUGCUUCAGGGCGGGAAGGCUACGCAGGAUGGCCUUGAUGAAGCCCUUUGGAAGGCUGCGUCCUGUCGGAGAAAGCUAUGUGGAUCAGAAUUUAAGCCGGAUGAGCUGCACCCGCAAAAACAGCGGAGAGUUAUCGAGCUGCUGCUAGACGCCGGCGCGAGGAUAAAUGCUCAACAGGGCAGCGUAGGUGACACCGCAUUGCAUAUCAGCGCUUCUUCCCCCGACACUGCUGGGGCAGUACAAGUUCUGCUUGAGCGAGGAGCGGAUGUACACAUCAGAAACGAGGACGGUGCUACAGCCAUCACACGCGCGAUGGUGAAACAUCGUCGGCCUCUACCAACGGGCGAUCGCUUUAACACGGACACUAUCACGAUGCUACUGCAGCACGGAGCCUCAGCCUUCGUUACAGAUAACUUGGGCCAGACACCAAUGCACAUACUUGCAUACUACGGGCCAUAUUCGCUCUUCCAGUUUUGCUUAGAACACCAUAGAUACCCCAACAUCUUCAUUUCAACUCUCUGCGGAGAGACUAUGCUCCACCGAGCAGCUCACGGGAACCAGGUAGGAAUCGUCGAGAGACUACUAGCAGAGGGAGCACGUAUCAAUGAUAGGUCUUCAUCAGGCUGGACAGCGCUUUUAUUCGCUCUCGAAGAAAGGUUAGGGGUUGUAAGCAUGCUACAGGUCGCUAAUCUACUACUUGAUCACGGGGCGAAGGCCACCGAUAUAACUCAGGAAGGGUGGACGGCUCUACACCGUGUCGCAGAUCUCUAUAACGAGCAUCAUGAAGGGGUCACAGCUCUGAUAGAACGUCUUAUUGGUCUUGGUGCAGACACUGAGGCGCAGGCCGUUGUGCCAGGAGAUAUUUACCAGUAUCGCCCUGCCGGCUAUCGUCUCAAACUUUCUCUACAGACACCGUUACACUGGGCGGCAAGCAAUGGAUCGGUCGCCGUAGUAAAGGCGCUACUACGACAUGGCGCUAACCCGGUUGCGAGAGACAGUGCUGGCUUAACACCUGCACUAUGUGCUACAUAUGCACAGGCAUGCGACAGACCUAGAUAUUCUAUAGAAAAGAGGCAGCAGGUUAUUAAACUACUACUGACUCAUGGUGCCCGCUUUGAGGAUAAGGAUGCUAGCGGUAGGGGAGUUCCUAACUGGGCUGCUGCCAAUGAAUUGCCCCUCCAGUGGCGGGAAUGGUAA